AUGGCUCCUCCCCCCUCCGCGAACUUGCCUACGGGCGAGAGGCUGAAGGCCCUGGCCCAGACUCUGCAGUUCGCCUGGUUUGUCGGGCAUCUGACGCUCCUCCUCGCGGUCUUCCGUUACUUGUUCUCGUUCAUCACCUUCAACUAUUACUCGUCCACCGCUAUAGUUGUCUACCGCCUGGCCUUUAUCUCUGCCGCUGUCACCUAUGGAAUCGUCGUGUACAAGGGCCAUUUCGCCCGCGGUGUGCAAGGCAGUGUUCCCCAGAUCAUCACCAAGCUCAUCUCCGAUGAGAACGUGCAAUACCUUGGCAUGGCUCUGGUCUGGCUGUACUCCCGCCAGCUUAUCCUGGCCCUUCUUCCCUUCAGUGUGUACUCGGUCUUCCACGUCGCGACCUACAGCCGCAUGUACCUGAUCCCGACACUCUAUCCUACCCCCGCUGCCGCUGGCUCAGCUUCGCCUGGCUCCCCCAACUCCAAGCCCCCCAACAAGCAGAACCCUAUUGCGGAGACUAUCGGUCGCUUCAUCAAGCAGUACUACGAUGCCAGCAUGGGAAUCGUCGCCACCCUUGAGAUUGCCCUCCUGGCCCGCCUCGUUCUGUCCGCUCUUACCUUCUCCAAGGGUAGCUGGGUUCUGCUGCUCGUCUACCUCGGUUUCUUCCGUGCCCGCUACGCCCAGAGCUCCUUCGUUCAACAGGCUGUUCGCUCGCUCACCGCCCGCGCCGAUGCUUCGCUCUCCCACCAGAGCACUCCCCCUCAGCUCCGUCAGGGUUGGGAGACCUUCAAGAACAUUGUGCGCCAGGGCUAUGAGGCUACCGACCUUGGUCGCUACAUCUCUGGCCCUGCUGCUGCCAAGAAGCCACAAUAA